CUUAUCAAGUUUCAACGUUGAAGAAAACUCAAAUAAUCUUUUUCCAAACGUUAUUCAUAUCCUUUCUAGUAUGCCAGUGCAAUACAUUUCUUGUAAAACAGCACAGCAGCAAUUGUAUUGCCAAAAUUUUUAUGUUUAUUAUUAUAAACUGUGUUUAUAUUAUAAAAUAUAACGCAUGUCUUCUUCUCAGCGAUAACAUCAAAUAUAUCUUCGAUAGAGUUCGAUAUGAUUGGAAUAUGUUAAAGGCUCAGUCGGAAUUGGAAGUGAUACGAAGAUAUGCUGACAAUGCAAAAUUAUAUACGAUCUGCUUUACGUGCUUGAUUACUAGCAGUUUAUUGAUAUUGUUAACAAUAAUUUGUCUACCUCUUAUACUCGAUGUGAUCGUACCAAUGAAUGAAUCGCGACCGCGACAAUUGGUAAUUAAUGUGGAAUACUUUGUCGACGAAGAAACAUACUUUUUUCCUAUUUUGACACAUAUUGUCUUAAAUCAAUAUGCUGGAUCGAUGACAAUAGUGGCUUAUGCGACAAUACUCAUAGCGUACGUGUUGCACGCAUGCGCUAUGUUUAAAAUCGCCAGCCAUCGAAUAGAACACAUAUUUGAAAAUGUACAACUAAUGCCAAAGGACAUUAAACAACACAUACUUUACAACAAACUAAUUCACGCUGUAUACGUUCAUCGUAGAGCUGUGGAUUUGGCCAAUAUUUUGACGAACAGUUUUGCGACAUUGUAUUUCGUGUUAAUAGGAUUUGGUCUGGCUUCGACGAGUCUCAGUUUCUUUAAUGUAAGCUUAAAUGCAGGUAUUGCGAAAAGAACAUAAUAUCAUUUAUUCGAAGAAGGUUAAUUAAUAUAAUGAUAUACAAAUAUGAAACUAUACAAAGGAUAUGUAAUUAAUAAUGUUCGAUUCAAGUUUAUUAAUGCAGUAUUAUCCCUGGAAAAAAUUGACAUAUUGGUGUGCUGUAUCAUUAUACUUAUACACUUAUAUUAUUUAUUUGUGGCAAAUUAUGUUGGACAGAACAUUAUAGACGACAGUACUGGCAUUUGUCAAGCAACAUAUAAUGCACAGUGGUAUGCUGCGCCAUUAUGUAUGCAAAAGUUUAUACUACUUAUAAUGCAAAGAAGUAACAGAAAGAGCUCUUUAACAGCUGGAGGUUUAUUUGAUGCGUCGUUAGAAGGUUUUGCUACGCUCAUAAGUAUGUCUGUAUCCUACGUUAUGGUCCUUCAAUCCAUGGGAACACACAAAGAAAGCUACGAAAAGGAUAAUAGUCAGGUUUAAAGAAUCCGAUUCACAGGUUUAGAAUGCGUA